GUUGUUUUGGCCGGUAUUUUCCUCGGCGGCGAUGCGAGCCGGGACCGGAAGGACUGGAAUGAAUUGGCUGUCGGGUAAGUGAUGGGGGUAGAAAGCAUGUGGUCCGAGCUAACACGCCUAGACUUCCGCUCAUUGACGACAAUGACUGCGGCUUGGGAAUUGCUGUUCGGACGUACCUGGAUGAUCUGCCUCUGCAGCCUGAGCCCACCUCUCAGGACGCCCGGGAGGAGGUCAAGUCCAAGGGCAAAGACUGGUUCCAGCACAGCGAUAGUUUCUCUGGUAAUUUGGAGGUGGCAUUUAAGCUCUGGGACGCGGUAAGUAAAGCCCCAUAUUCUUGAUCUCGACGCCUUGCUUACUGGACAAAUUUUCCCUGUAGGUCUUCAAGGGCACACAAACCGCAGGGGCAGAGUUCAAGGAUGCGAAGUUUUGGGCGGAGGCCAACACCUGGUUGUCUGAUAGACGGUGAUUUGAGAAGGAUUGUCGGGGUAACACCGUGGGAAAAAGGCAACAGAAUACAAACUUGCAAAAUAACCCUAUCUAUCUAACGCAUGAUCUCCACUGUCAUCAAGGGAGGACCUGGAUUGGUUUACAUCCAAGCUCCGGAUCUUCAGCCGUUAUAAAGUAGUUCCACUCCCCAACUCCGGAGUAGCUCCUAACCUACUUCGACGCUGUAUUAAUAGUAGCAGUGAAAGAGUGUGCAAAUGGAAGUGAUAUGA